AUGGACCAAGCUGCAGAGUACCUUAGUCAAGUCGGGGAAUACCCCCCUAUGUCCCCUACUCAAGAAAAACGCCUCUUACGCAAGAUGGACUGGAUUCUUGUGCCAAUGCUCCUUACUACAGCAACGCUAGGUGCAGUAGACAAAGUUGCCAUUAGCACAGCAGCUAUAUACGGUUUGAGAGAUGACUUGCAUCUCUCCGGCAGCCAGUACUCAUGGGCAGGCUCGAUUCUAUAUUUUGGUUGCAUUGUUGGCAUGUGGCCAUCAUCAUACGUCCUUCAAAGAGUGCCAUCUGCAAAAUACCUCGCAUGCUGCUCGAUCGGUUGGUCUAUACUAUCCCUCCUGAUCCCGGCGUGUCGUCAGUUCAGUGACCUAAUGGUCCUGCGGUUUUUGAUGGGCUGUCUUGAGGGUAUCAUUGUCCCAUCGAUUUCGCUUGUCAUUGCCGGUUUUUAUAAAAAAUCCGAGCAGCCACCUCGCAAUGCAAUAGCUUUUGCUGCUGUUAGUUCGGUGAUUAAUGGCUUUUUGUCGUGGGCUGUUGGACAGAUUCCGUCGUCUACUAGUCUUUCGAAAUGGCAGUAUCUGUUUCUGAUUACUGGUUCCAUAUCCCUCGCAUGGUCUCUAGUCGCGGUAGUAUAUCUCCCAGACACUCCGAUGAACGCCUGGUUCCUCAGUGAGCAGGAGAAAUUCUACGCGAUAUCGAGACAAGCAGAGAACAAGACUGGCAUUGUCAACAAGACGUGGAAACGGCAGCAAGCCAUCGAGGCCGUCGCCGACCCGAAAACAUGGAUUAUCUUUUUGUUUAACAUUGCCAUCAAUGUGCCCAAUGGAGGCUUAAUAACCUUCAGCGGAAUCAUCAUCAACAACCUCGGUUUCAGCGCCGUUACAACCUCGCUCUUGAACAUGCCCACUGGCAUCAUGUCGACAUUGUCUGCCUUUUUGUUCUCCUGGGUUGCAGCCAAAUGGACGAAUAGACGGUGUUUCGUCACAAUAAUUGCAGCAUGUAUUCCUGCUGUCGGAAUCUCCCUCGGACAAGCCAACACGGCCGGACACACCAAGAAAAACGUCCAAUAUUCAAUCAUGUACAUUGGCUACGCUGUCGGUAACCUAAUCGGCCCCCAAACCUUUCGGGCCAACCAAGCCCCAGAAUACACGACAGGUUUUGCCGCCAUGCUUGUCUGUUAUUGUCUCUGCAUCGGCUUGAUGGUGCUAUACUGGGCGUUGGCGGCUGUCCUCAACACCCGACGCGAGACUCUAUCAACAACGACGACAGCGGCGGCUAACUAUUACUCCUCAGAUGGGGAUAGCCUGGCCGAAUCUCCGUUUGCCGAUAUGACUGACUAUGAGCAGAGAGAGUUCAAGUAUACGACAUAG